AUUCGGUUGCGCGCCGUUGUACGAGACGGUCGCACAAUUUUCGGUGCGUUGUUUUAGGCCUGCGACUGCGACGCCUGUCCGCCUGUCCGCCUGGCUGUCUUUCAAUUGUUUGCCAUAAACAUCGUAACCUUUUUAUUCUUGACAACGUUCCUAACGCAUUGAAACCAACAUCUCGAAUACGAACCUAAAAACUGCCCUAUACAAUUAACAAAUAGUUAAAUAACCAACGAGCUGCCAAGCACACACACACACACACAAACACACAACCAUGGGAUCAACGGGAUCCCCGACGGCUGCGACGUUGCAACAGCGGCAGCGACACACGAUGUCGCUCCUCUGGCGCCUCUUCGCCGUUAUCCUCGUUCUGAAUGCCUGCCACGUGUCGCUGAUCAAUGCCAAGAAAAUCUCAAGUCUGGAUGACAGUGACAAGUUGUUCUUUGCCCCGGAGGAUGAGUCACCACUAAUCCAAAAAUCCCAAGUGCCCCUGAUCGAAGAAAUCCCCGAGGAGAGCUUGUGGAAAACUGGAGUCAAUCGCGUGCGUCGAGAGCUGUCCCGCUUCUUCGGCAGCAACGAUGUGCAUCUCCACAGACAGAAGCGAGCCAAGAAGCCUGCCACAAAGAAGCGGUUGACAAAGCGACAACAUCGUGCAUUGCCCCAGAAUCGCGGAUCUGACGAUUAUGAGGCCGAAGAUGGUUCCGGAGUUGUUGAGGUGGACACCGCGUUGUAUCGCACACGAUUCACCGUCCAUGAGCCAUAUGUAGAUGAGUUUGCUGACAAACAGAGCAAACAGUUCAUUAAUUUGAACAAGGAAAUUGAAUUGGGAUUGCAAAAACUCUUCGGGGAGAAAUACGAGAUCGAUGACGAUGAUGUUGUACACAGCACACUGCUGCAAGUCGGGCCAACGGACGAUGAUUUCCAUAGCUAUGUGAUUGUCAACCUGGAAUUACCAGCGAACGUUGUCGACUUUGAGGAUAAGUUGAGACUACAGUUGCAGAAAUUUAGGGUCAUUGGCAACCAAAGUGCCGUGCUUGACAAAGAUUUCAGUUUCCGUCAAAUACUGGAUAACGGGUGCAGCAUUUCAAAGGAAUCCGGUAUCGAUGCAUUUAUAUGCUAUAGUGAAAAUCUCGAGAUAUUGUGCUCCAGCACAUGUGAUGGAACACCGGACUGCUACGAUGGCUCCGAUGAGGAUGAGGAAAUGUGUAGGAGCCGCCAAAAUCCGUAUCCCAAUCCAUAUGCAGCCCGUCCCGCUCAAUCCUCUGACGACAUCAAUGAGGAGGAAGAGGCUGGCGAUACCGAUACCAAUGCUGAUGCUAAUGCUGAUCCUGAUGCUGAUGCUAAUGAGAAUCUAUGCAACUCACCCAACGACGUCUUUGAGUGCGUCAGUGGCAGCCCCUUCAAGAUAUUUUGCGAAAUGAUUUGCAAUGGGGAUGAUGAUUGCGAAGAUGCCUCCGAUGAGAAUCCCGAUAUGUGCGAGAAGCGCAUGCAAAAGAACUCAUAUUGUGAGUCAGACGAGGAUGACUUCGAGUGUUAUAGCGGUGAUAAGUUGAGCACGCCGUGCUCUAAUAUUUGCAAUGGACGUUCGGAUUGUGAUGAUGGUUCCGAUGAGAAUCCGCUCAUGUGCCGUUAUCGCAAUCAGACGUCAAUCCCAACUCAAGCUCCAACAACGAGGGAAGAGUUAGGUUCACCCGAAACGGAACUUAAGACCGAUGAUCAAUGCCUGACGGAGGACGAAGAGUUCCAGUGUAAUUCAGGUUAUCCCGGAAGUAUUCCCUGCUACUUAAUUUGCAAUCAACAAAGCGACUGCCAAGACGCUUCCGAUGAGAAUGUGGAAAUGUGUGAUCGUCGCAAUGGCAAUAUUGAAACUCUAAACACCAACUCGAAUAAAUUGGAACCAAAACCACUUCAAUGCCUCACGGAAGAUGACUAUUUCCAGUGCGAAGGUACCAUCACGAGAAUACCCUGCAACAAUAUUUGCAAUAGGAGGCACGACUGCGAGGAUGGUUCCGAUGAGGAAGCUGAAAUGUGCGAUCGUCGUUAUCGGCUAUUUACCACGUACACCAACGUGAAACCCAAUGGUGUCUACUGUACAGGGGAGGGCGAGUCCCAGGUGUGCCAGCGGUUGCCGCCGAAGACGGAUGGUAACAACCCUGAACCUGAACCUGAACCGACAGAACCCGUUGAAGAAGAUGGCUCCGGAGAUCCAGAACCGGAAUGUCGCGGUGAUGCCACAUUCUAUUGCCACAGAAGCAACACACGAGUCUGUGAUGAGAUGAAGUGCGAUGGCAAAAGCGACUGUCCCAAUGGCGAAGAUGAGGAGGAUUGCCCAAGAUCGUUGGUUUGCACUGAUGAAGAAUUCAAAUGCGACGAUCGCUGUUUGCCACUUGAAUUGCGUUGCGAUGGCCAAACUCAGUGCGAAGAUGAGACCGACGAGGCUGGUUGUCCCGAUAAGGAUGAUGGCGAUAUGCGGCCGCCAACAAAUGGGUAUAUAGAUGAAUCUUUAGGACAACCUCAACCACAACCACAACCAGGUUCAGAGCCUGAACCUAAAGCUCAACCCGAACCCCAACCCCAACCGGGUAAUGAAUCAGAUCGCGAACCAGAGCAGCCACAGGAAUGCUCUUCAACCGAAUACAGAUGCCGCAGUGGACUGUGCAUCGAUGCCAGCAAACGUUGCAACGGUGAAUCCGAUUGUCCCGAUAAUGACGAUGAGGGCGAAGACUGCACCAGCACAUCAUCGUCAUCAUCAUCAUCAUCAUCAUUGCCAUCAUUGCCAUUCUUGCCAUCCUUGCCACCUUUGGCCAGCAAUUGCCUCGAAAACAUUGAAUUCGCGUGCCACAAUCGCGAUUGCAUUCCGAUUGAGAGCGUCUGUGAUGGCAUUGCCGACUGUGGCCAGCAGGAGGAUGAGGAUUAUUUGUUGUGCAACUGCAGCGGCGACAAGUACAAAUGUCUACGCGGCGGCGGUUGCAUACCCAAAACUCAAGUCUGCGAUGGCAAAUCUCAGUGCCGUGAUGGCAGCGAUGAGAGCACAUGCCACUUCCAUGCCAAGUUCAAUCUCAGCCGACCGAUCGUCGAGUGCAUGUCCUUUCAAUAUCAAUGCGGGGACGGGAGUUGCAUAUCCGGCUACAAGCGUUGCAACGGCAUCACCGACUGCGCCGACGGCGCCGACGAGUACAACUGUCUGUUCAACUACGAAGAUCUCAGUUAUGACACUGACCCAGACACAGACCCCAACAACAACAGCAACGAUCCAUUGAAUGAGUGCGAUCUGUAUUAUUUUGAGUGUGACUUUGGCCAGUGUAUACCGUUAGAGAAGAAGUGCGAUGGCUUUACGGAUUGUCAAGAUGAAACCGAUGAGCUCGACUGUCCUUCCUUUACAGCCACAACUCGCCAAAAUGCUGAAGAUUGCCGCUGGGAUGAAUUCUUCUGCGAUAAUUUGUGCUUGAAUCGUUCCAAAAAAUGCGACGGUCACUAUGAUUGCACUGAUCGUAGCGAUGAGCGUGGCUGUUCAGUACAGACCACACGUCAUCCAUUGUAUCCAACGCUGCCCUGUCCAGAGCACACAUGCCCUAGUGGCAGGUGCUAUACGGAAAACGAACGUUGCGAUGGCCAACGUCAUUGCGAAGACAACUCCGAUGAGGCUAACUGCUGCGCUCAUGAUCAGUUCCGCUGUCGCAAUGGUGACUGUGUCUCCCAGGAUGCCGUCUGCAAUGGCUAUGCCCAGUGUCUGGAUGGUUCCGAUGAGGCCGAUUGCAAUCAGAUGCAAUGUCAGUCGAACCAGUUCCGCUGCCGGAACGGUCAGUGUGUCAAUGCCGCCGUGCGUUGUAAUGGACAGACCGACUGCCAAGAUAGCUCAGAUGAGCUCAAUUGUGUUCAAGACACUUCUUCAACUGGACGCAACCAAUUGAACCUGAAAACCUAUCCAAACAGCCAGAUCAUCAAAGAAAGAUAUAUUAGGGAGGGUCGCGAGGUGAUCUUCCGUUGUCGUGACGAGGGACCAGCCCGCGCGAAGGUUAGAUGGUCCCGUCCCGGCGGUCGUCCAUUGCCUGUGGGCUUUACCGAUAAGAAUGGACGCCUGGAAAUUCCGAACAUUCGAGUGGAGGACUCCGGAACGUAUAUUUGCGAAGCCGUGGGUUAUCCCAACUAUGUUCCGGGUCAACAAGUCACCGUACAUCUGACUGUCGAACGAUUUAACGCUGUUGACCACGAACGUCCACCGACAGCUUGUAGCGAGUAUCAAGCCACUUGCAUGAAUGGUGAAUGCAUUGACAAGUCCAACAUCUGUGAUGGUAUACCACACUGCUCGGAUCAAUCCGAUGAGCACAGCUGCAGCCAAGGACGCAGAUGUCAGCCGAAUCAGUUCCUCUGCAGUAACUCGAAGUGUGUGGAGCGCACUUGGCGCUGCGAUGGUGAGAACGAUUGCGGUGACAACUCCGACGAGGAGUCCUGUGAUCCCGAACCAAAUGGCGCCCCCUGUCGCUACAAUGAGUUCCAAUGCGCCAGUGGCCAUUGCAUUCCAAAGAGCUUCCAGUGCGAUGAUCUCAACGACUGUCGCGAUGGCAGCGAUGAGUUCGGUUGCAUGGUACCUGUACCCUUGCGACCACCACCGCCAAUGCAGUCGCUACUGCAGGGUCAGGCUUUGAAUCUGGUCUGUACGGCAACUGGUGUGCCCGUGCCCACGAUUGUAUGGCGUCUGAAUUGGGGCCAUGUGCCAGAUAAGUGUACGUCGAAGAGCUCUGGAGGCCGUGGUGAUCUCUACUGCCCAAAUAUGCAGUACGAGGACAGUGGCGCGUACUCUUGCGAGAUCAUCAAUACCCGCGGCACUACCUUCGUGGUACCCGAUACCAUUGUGAAGGUCACCCCUGAUCGCAACCAGUACUGCUCGGCCGGAUUCUUCAAUAUGCUGGCACGCUCCAAGGAAGAGUGCAUCAAGUGCUUCUGUUUCGGUGUGGCCAACUCUUGUGAGAGCGCUAAUCUCUUCACAUAUGCCAUACAUCCACCCAUCCAAGCGCAUCGUGUUGUCAGCGUGGAGCUAAGUCCCUACCAACAGAUCGUGAUCAAUGAGUCGCCUGGACAUAAUCUGCUCAACAUGCAGCAUGGCGUCCAGUUCCGUGCCUCGGAUGUACAGUACAAUAGCCGGGAGACCCCAUAUCUUGCCCUACCCAGCGACUACAUGGGUAACCAGCUCAAGUCAUAUGGCGGCGCACUCAAGUACGAAGUUAGCUAUGUUGGUAGCGGACGUCCCGUUUCCGGACCGGAUGUAAUCAUGACUGGCAACGGAAAGACGCUGACCAAUCGCGUGCACACCCAGUCCAAUCUGUCCAAUAAGGUGACGGUCUCAUUCCUGCCGGGCAAGUGGCAGAAGCCCGACGGUCGCAUGGCCACCCGGGAAGAGAUCAUGAUGAUUUUGGCCAAUGUGGACAACAUAUUAAUCCGUCUGGGUUACAUUGAUGCCGUGGCCCGUGAAGUGGAGAUUGUCAACAUUGUGAUGGACUCGGCCGGCACCUCCGAUCAAGGACUGGGCAGCGCCUCCUUGGUGGAGAAAUGUAAUUGUCCGCCUGGCUAUGUUGGCGAUUCUUGUGAAGCCUGUGCUCCUGGCUAUGUACGUCAACCUGGCGGUCCUUGGUUGGGUCAUUGUGUGCCUUUCGUGCCAGAGCCCUGCCCACCUGGAACCUAUGGUGAUCCCCGUCAUGGAGAGCCUUGCAGGGAGUGCCCAUGCCCCCAGAGUGGCAGCAAUAACUUUGCCAGUGGAUGCGAGAAGAGUCCUGACGGUGACGUCAUUUGCACAUGCUACGAAGGCUAUGUGGGACAUCGUUGCGAGACCUGUGCCGCCGGCUACCAGGGUAAUCCCCUUGCCCCAGGCGGCAGCUGCCAGAGGACACCCGAUUCCACGUGCAACGCCGAAGGCACAUACAACCAACUAAGCGAUGGCAGCUGCCAAUGCAAGUCAGAGGUCCUAGGCGAGCGCUGCGAUACCUGUGCACCCAGGAGCUUCCACCUCAACUCCUUCACAUACACCGGUUGCCUCAAGUGCUUCUGUAGCUCCCUCGACAUCGACUGUACCAGCUCCUCCUGGUAUCGCAAGCAAAUUAUCAGCAGCUUUGGACGAUCCCGCACCUCAAAUGGCUUCCAGCUGGUUCGCAAUUACGUUGAUAACAAUCCUCAGCCGGUACCCUUCCAGAUAAUGUCCAACGAGAUUACCUUCAGUCACGACUCGGACUACAACGCGGAUACCCUGUACUGGAGUCUGCCCGCUGUCUUCCUGGGCAACAAGCUGACCGCCUAUGGCGGACGUCUCAACUACACGAUUAGCUACAGUCCCCUGCCCGGUGGCCAGAUGUCCCGCAACAGCGCACCCGAUGUUGUCAUCAAGGGCGGUGAGGAUGUAACACUGAUCCAUUAUCGCAAGUCGGCCGUUAAUCCCAGCCAAUCGAUCAACUAUGCCAUACCGAUCAUUGAAAGCGCCUGGCAGCGCAGUGAUGGCCAGGUGGCCAAUCGGUACCAACUGAUGACGGCUCUCAGCCAAGUCGAUGCCAUCUACAUCAAGGCCACCUAUACCACCAGCACCAAAGAGGGUGCUCUAAAGCAAGUCGUUAUGGAUAUUGCCACCGCCACAAACCUAGGCACAUCACGUGCCUUCGAAGUGGAGGAAUGCCGCUGUCCACAGGGUUACAUUGGACUCUCCUGCGAGCACUGUGCACCAGGCUACAAACGCACACCCGAGGAAGGAAUCGGUCUCGGCUUAUGCGAACCCUGCGAAUGCAAUGGUCACUCAACGCAAUGUGAUGAGGAAAGUGGAGAGUGUCUGAACUGUGCCCACAACACCGAAGGCGACAACUGCGAACAGUGUGCCGCUGGUUACGUGGGUGAUGCCACCCGUGGUACUGCCUAUGACUGCCAGCCGGAUAGCAAUGGGCCACAACCACCACAGCCGCCACAGCCGGAGCCGGACAACCAGUCGCGAUGCCAGUGGUGCAACAGCGAUGGCACAGAGAACUGCAAUGAAGGCAUUUGCAAUUGCAAGCCAAAUGUGAUUGGAAGCCGUUGUGAUCAGUGCCGCGAUGGUACCUUCGGACUGUCUCACUAUCAUGUGGACGGUUGCAAGGAGUGCUUCUGUUCUGGCCAUGCAACGCAGUGUCAGUCGGCAACGCUUUUCCGCGAACUGACGCCUAUUGACUUUAUCAGCAACAAGGCGCUGAUCACCGAUCAGGAUGGCCAGGAGAUGGAUAGGGAUAAUCUACAUGUGGAUAUACCAACCAAUAUGUACACCUAUUCGUAUCAAUCGUACUCGACCAAGUACUGGAGUCUACGCGGAAAUGUCCAGGGCAAUCAACUGCAUGCCUAUGGUGGCAAACUCAAUUACACAUUGAACACAAAGUCAUUUGGUUCAUAUAUGCCUGGCAACGAUGUGGUGAUCAUUGGCAAUGGCAUUCGCUUGAUUUGGUCCCGUCCAGCUGAGCUAUCCGAUCUCGAUGAGUACAGCGUGACCCUCAGUGAGGACGAUCAAUGGCAACGCAUGGAUAGGGGCGGAACAAUGCCUGCUACACGUGGCGACAUCAUGAGUGCCCUAACCAAUGUGGAGCAUCUGCUCAUUCGUGCCACACCCAAAAUACCCACCACCGAGUCCUCCAUACGUGAUGUUACCCUUGAGCUGGCCGUUGAGCAGGCCCAACCCGGUGCGGAGAAUGCCGUCGACAUCGAGGUGUGCCAGUGUCCGGCCGGUUACACCGGCAACUCUUGCGAAUCCUGCGCUCCCCUCUACUACCGCGAAGCGAAUGGACAGUGUAGUGCUUGCCCCUGCCACAGGGAGAAUAGCCAGGGCUGUUAUCUGGGCAACAGCGGAAAUGUGGAGUGCCAGUGCAAGCCUCGCUUUACAGGAGAUCGUUGCAUGGAAAUUGACUAUGGCAACACGGAUCCACCAACGACCGAGUCGCCCGAUAAUAUCCGCACCCAGAUAAUCGUAUCGAUAUCGAAGCCACAGAUAUCCAUUAUGCCAGUGGGAGGAUCCAUCUCCCUAAGAUGUAGCGGUCGCAUGAGGUGGAACAAUGAUCCGGUUCUCGUUAGCUGGCACAAAAAGGCCAGCCGUCUGCCCAUCAACGCAGAGAUCGAUGGAGGUAUCCUGCAUUUGCAUAAUCUGCAAAUAUCCGAUUCCGGUGUCUAUAUCUGCCAGGCAAUCAAUAACCAGACCUCUCGUACCUUCGAAGACAUGGUAUCGAUAACCAUAUCACAUCAAUCACAACGCUCACCCGCUCAGAUCAUCAACCUGCCCGCUUCGGUCAACUUUGACGAGUACGAGGCCAAUGAGAUUAGCUGCGAGGUUGAGGGUAACCCAACUCCCACCGUGACCUGGACCCGCGUCGAUGGCCAGGCGGAUGGACACACUCGCACUGAUGGUGGUCGCCUCAUCUUCGAGUCGCCACGUAAAUCCGAUGAGGGACGUUACCGCUGCACGGCACAGAAUCGCUUGAGCACAGACGAGAAAUACGUGCAGAUUUAUGUGCGCGGAAAUGCGCCACCACCAGCACGGGAGAGACUCUACAUACAGCCGGAAAAUUUCAAUGGCGAGUCUGGAGCCACUGUGGUCUUCACAUGCCAGUCCACAAGUGGUGCUAUGCUCCAAUACGAAUGGCUGCACGACGGCCAUCCACUCAAUGCCCAACAGCAGCGCAACAUCAUCAUCAGCGGCGAUACCCUGGAGAUUCGUGAUGCGACAGCCCGUGACUCCGGCACCUACACGUGUGUCGGCAUCGAUUUGCGCAGUCGACGCAACUAUACUGAAGAUGCACGCGUCUACAUUGAGCAACGCCAGCUGCCGCCCUCUGGCGAAGGCAUUAAACCAGUGAUUGCGCACCUCAAGGAUGUUCACUCAAUAAAUCAAGGCGCAGACUUUAGCAUCACUUGUGAAUCAAGCGGGUCGCCAUAUCCGAACAUCAAAUGGAUCAUGGUUAAAUCCCAAAUGCUCUCCAAUGUUCAUCAGACAGGCAAUGUGUUGCGUAUUAUCAACGCCAAACCUGAAAAUCGCGGUCGCUAUCUCUGCAUUGCCCAAAAUGCUCAUGGCUCAGAUCAAAAAUCCAUAAAUGUCGAUGUUGAACCUCGGGAGGCUCCGAGCGUGGACAUUGUUAAGUCGACGCCAUCAGCUCACCAAGUCGGCGAUGAGGGAUGGCUUUACUGCACUAGUACUGGCAUUCCCGAACCGACGGUGCAGUGGCGCCGCGUCGAUGGUCUCCCACUAUCGCCCCGACAUGAGCAGCAAGAAACCGACCACGGCUACUUGAUCAUUCACGACAUCCAAAUCGCCGAUGCCGGUGACUACGAGUGUUUGACCGAGAAUGAAGUUGGACGUAACAGUGCUACAGUCAAUCUACGUGUGAUUGAACGCCCAAUGAUCACACUUGAACCAGACACCUCAACGAUGCGCCUCACCGAGGGCGAUGAGCUUCGUGUGACUUGCAUAGCCAGCGGCUAUCCGAAUCCAACCGUGCAUUGGGAUACCCAACCAAUAAUAAGCUCUCACUCACUGGAUGAACGCCAUUUCGGGGAUAACACGGCCUAUCUGAACGUCUACCGUGUGACCCAGGCGGAUGCCAAGGUAUACACUUGUAUAGCCACCAAUGAAGCAGGCAGCGAUGAGCGACAAAUUCGCGUCGAUGUGCAGCCCAAGCGAGGUGAUAUCACCGAACCUGAUGGCGAUGUAGAUGAUCAAAGAUUUGAGACCAAUCUGGGUGAAAAUGUUACCCUCAACUGUGACUUGACGCCCAACUUCAAUACACACUGGACACGUGUUGAUGGACAGCCUUUGCUACCCAAUGCACGCUCAGAACACAAUACCCUGACAAUCACAUUUGUUCAGGUGGAAAAUCUGGGACAAUAUCGUUGCACCGCCUUUGACAAUCGGGGCACAACUGUCGCCUAUGUGGUGCGCGAACUGGUGCUGUUGCCCUUGCCACAGAUCACAUUCCGUCCCCAAAUACCCAUUGUGGUGGACCCCGAUCGCAAUAUUGACAUCUACUGCGAAGUGACCAACGCCAGGCCUGAGAAUGUUCACUGGUCUACCGAUAACAAUCGACCAUUGCCCAGCUCUGUGCACAUUGACGGCCUGUUCCUGCGCUUCGUAUCCAUCACACAGGCCGAUGCUGGCGUUUACACCUGCUCGGCAACGAAUGACUACGGUACAAUGCGCAAGAAUGCAGAGGUCGUGGUUAGGCCACCUUCUUACUACCAACCGCAGCCACAGUCGCAACAGCAGGAGAGUCACGAGGGAGAGAGCGUUCAGCUACGUUGCACGGUCAGCACGUCACGCGGCGAGCAACAGGAUGAUAAUCUUCGGUUCACCUGGGCACGCGAGGAUGGACAACCAUUGCCAAACAAUGCCAGGCCCGAUAGCCAGGUGUUGAUCCUGUCAUCGCUGCGCAUCCAAGAUAGCGGUCGCUAUAUCUGCGAUUCAUAUGAUUUGGAAACCAGGCAGCGUCUGCCUCAAACUUUCGUUGACUUGCGUGUACUAACAAAUAAGUACAAUUUGAGUGUGUAUAGGGGCCGCCAAGAGAUACCCUGCAUGUUUUUCUAUAUAUGUGCAGAUUUCAAAAUGAACAAAGUCACGCCAAGCAAACCAUUGGCACCACCUGCACCACGUCCGGCCAUCAUCUCCUACGCCUGCCAGUCGAACGACUUCAAAUGCGUUUCGCAUCCACACACGUGUGUCAAGGAGAGCAUGGUCUGUGACGGCAUCUACGACUGCACGGAUCACUCGGACGAGUUCAACUGUACGCGAGAAUUCGGGGGCAAGGCGGCAAGCGGCGGUGCAAUGGGAACGGCAUCCGGAGGAUUGGGCAAUUUCAAGCGCUGGAAGAAAAGUCAGGAACGAGGCGGCGGAGGCGGAGGCGUUGGUGGAGACAGUGUCAAGCAGAAGCAUCGAGGACAUCAACUAUGGAAACAGGAUUAUCGGCGGGAAAGGACAAGCAAGCGUCAAGUAGUGCAAAAGCUGAGCAAAAGCUUCGCGGGUCUGGCUACAACACCAGCUACAUAUCCGGGCCAGUAUCUGCCGCCUGUGAGGGCCACUCCACCUCCGGAGCCGAUGGUACCCCGGGACUACAGUCUGAAAUUGGAUCAGCAAUCGUCAAAGUUGUUCGUCGGCGAAUCUACUGAAGUUGAAUGCUAUUCCUCGGAUAAUAGCUACUCGGAUGUCAUCUGGGAGCGUUCCGAUGGUAAACCACUCUCAUCCAAUGUUCAGCAAGUGGGCAACCGUCUAGUUAUCAAUCAGGUGACAGCCACGGAUGCGGGCAACUAUGUCUGCAAGUGCCGAACGGAUGAGGGUGAUCUGUAUACCACCAGCUACGAGCUGGCCAUCGAGGAGCAGCCUCAUGAGCUGCGACGACCCAAGAUUGUCCACGCCAAGGUCGGCGACAAGGCACAACUCAAUUGUGGAGCCGAUGAGAACCGACAGCCCAGCUACCGCUGGUCUCGUCAAUACGGACAGUUGCAGCCGGGACGGGAUAUACUCAAUAACCAACUGAUGCUGCAGAAUGUGCAAGCAAACGAUGCUGGCACCUACAUCUGCACGGCCGUCUAUGGAGAUGGAGAAUCUGUUGACUAUCCAACUAUCCUGGUAGCCACUGGAGCCAUUCCGCAUUUCCAUCAGGAACCGCUCAGCUACAUGAGUUUCCCCACAUUGCCGAACUCGUCGAUCAAAUUCAACUUUGAGAUCACCUUCCGGCCGGAGUCGGGCAACGGUCUGCUGCUCUUUAACGGACAAACUCGCGGAUCCGGUGACUACAUUGCCUUGUCCUUCAAGGAUCGCUUUGUGGAGUUCCGUUUCGACUUUGGUGGCAAACCGCUGCUGGUGCGUGCCGAGCAGCCAAUGGAGCUGAACGAAUGGCAUACGGUGCGCGUGCAUAGAUCACGUCGCGAUGGAUACAUGCAGUUGGACGAACAGCAUCCGGUCGCCUUCCCCACACUGUCACAAACUCCGCCCCUGGAGCUCAUCGAGGAUAUGUAUAUUGGUGGUGUGCCCAGUUGGGAUCUGUUGCCCACGCACGCGGCUCCACAGCAAACGGGCUUCAUCGGCUGCAUCAGUCGCCUCGCACUCCAGGGACGUACCGUGGAGCUGAUGAAGGAGGCCAAAUUCAAGGAGGGCAUCACCAGCUGCCAACCCUGCGCCGAUAUGCCCUGUGCCAACGGCGGCAUCUGUCUGGAGAGCCAAACUGAGCUGGCCUACACCUGCGUUUGCCAGCAGGGCUGGACCGGACGCAACUGCGCCGUUGCCGGCACCCAGUGCACUCCCGGAAUAUGCGGAGCCGGCCGUUGCGAGAACACUGAACAAGACAUGGAGUGCCUAUGUCCUCUAAAUCGCACCGGUGAUCGUUGCCAGUAUAUUGAACAUCUGAACGAACAUAGCCUUAACUUCAAACGCAACAGCUACGCGGCGUAUGGCACUCCUCGGGUAUCGCGUAUCAAUGUGACACUGUCGUUGCGUCCGUCUAGCUUGCGGGAUGCGGUGAUCCUGUACACGGCAGAGUCGAAGCUGCCCAGUGGAGAUUAUGUGGCGCUGGUGCUGCGUGAUGGUCACGUCGAGCUGUUGAUCAAUACGGCGGCACGUCUCAAGCCGGUGGUGGUGCGCUCUCCGGAGCCACUGCCGCUGCACAGAUGGACUCGCGUUGUGCUGCUGCGUCGUCAGAGCGAGAGCAUUCUCCGUGUGGGCGAUGGACCUGAGCUGCAUGGCAAGGCGGCAGGUGCACCUCGUACGCUGUCCCUGAAGACGCCUCUGUAUGUGGGCGGCUAUGAUCGGGCGACCGUUAAGAUCAAUCGGGAUGUGAACAUCACCGAUGGCUUUGACGGAUGUAUCUCACGGUUGUAUGACUCGAAAACACCCAUCAAUCUGUUGGCGGACAUUGUGGAUGCGGCAAAUGUACAGAACUGUGGUGAACUCAACGAGAUUGGCGACAAUGAGACCGGCGGUGAUCUUUCGGGGGCCCAAGUCUCCGAUCAUCAUCAGCGUGGCAACCACGGCUCCGAUGAGGAAAUGCUGCCAUACGAGCCCUCACCCUGUGCCAAUGAUCCCUGCGAGAAUGGCGGCACCUGCAGCGAGGUGGGCAAACAAGCGAUCUGCACCUGCAGCCUGGGCUACAGUGGCAAGCACUGCGAGGAUCAUAUUCAAGUGAGCUUCAACGCCUCGUUCCGUGGUAAUGGAUACUUGGAACUGGAUCGCAAUCAGUUUAGCACCGACGUGGAUCAAGAUUAUACCUCGGCAGUGGUCGUAUUCUCCACCAAUAAACCAAAUGGUCUGCUCCUUUGGUGGGGACAGGCGGCUGGCGAGAAGUUCACCGGCCAGGACUUUAUAUCCCUUGCCGUUGUCGAUGGCUACGUGGAGUACUCGAUGCGUCUAGACGGACAGGAGACGGUCAUACGCAAUAGGGACACUCCGGUCGACGAUGGUAAUCGUCACAUUGUCAUUGUGAAGCGGUCGGACAACACGGGCAUCCUGGAGGUGGAUCGCAUUUCCGACUCCGACGAGACACGACCCACCAGCCGGAAAGUGAUGCAUCUGCCUGGCAACGUGUUCAUCGGUGGCAUUCCGGAAAUAUCGCAAUUCACGGGUGAACGCUACACGCACAACUUUAACGGUUGCAUUGUCUUUGUCGAGGGCGAUGCUGCGGGUCAAAUCAACCUGGGCAAAUCCUCCAUCAAUGGCGUCAACGUGGACACCUGCCCUGUUAACGAUGAGGCCCAAGGCGGCACCGAACCACCAGUCGUUUAAACUUUAAAGCAACACAGAAACCCAGCAACUAAAGUUAGCUCAUAUAUUUUUUUUAUUAAUCAAACAACUUUUUUUGUUAUAUGUAUUUGCAUAUAUGAAACAAAGGGAAAAUUAUACACUGCGCAAACUGUUAAAUCGUAAAAAUGAUCCAUCGAUUAAUCCAAAAAUCACGAACGAAACGUUGUAAUUGCUUCUUCGUUUAUAUUUAAUCUUAAAUAAAUGGGAAACAAAAACAAUACAAUUAUUAUAAUAAUGAUACAAAAUAAUAAAAUAAAAAAAAAAACCAAACAACUAACUAUAAAUGUAUACAACGGCCAUAAGAAGUGAGACACAAACAAAACUCGAAACGAAACAAUAAAACAUAUAUAUGAAAUACACACCUAUUAAUAAAUACUAAAUAAAAACAUAUAUAGAACUUUAAGGCCUAACUAACUCAUGCAACCACCAACAACACAAACACAACAAAAACAACAAACAACGCAUACUAGCCAACAACAAGAAGAAGAAGAAGAUAAAGUUGAACAAACAACAACUACAAUGUUAUAGCAUUUGAUAAUUAUUAUAAUAGAUUUAUUAAUUAUUUAUCCACUCAUUGAUUUCGAGAUUUGUUGAUAGCCCCAGUGUAAAAUGUUGUGCAGCUUGAAAAUUAACAGUCUUAAUCUUAAAAUUGCAUAUAUUACACACACCAAAACACACAGACACACACACACAUACACACAUACACAUGCACAAAGUUUAAAAAUUUAAACUAAAUAUACAUACUUAUAUUACAAGUUUAUUGAACAAAAAUUAAAAAUAUAUUAAAAUUAUUAUACGAACAAACAUCAGCAUAAAUGUAUAAUACGAAAAAAAAAAACUGUUAAGUGAAUAAAAA